AUGUUCUUCCGCCUCUCCACGCCGUUCCGACUCUCCACGUCCCUCCGCCUAUCCGCGCCCUUCCGCCUCGCCGCGCCGGUCGCCCACAUGCUUCUCCGCGCGCCCCUCCAUCGCUCCCGCAGCGCUCUCAUUCCGUCUCUCUCUCCCUCGUCGCCCGCCGCAUCGCACGGCCCCGUCGCGCGCUCUUCGCAGCGGAGCCUCGCGACCACUGCGACGGGCCACUCCGCUGCGGCGAGCAGCAGACGUCGCGCGGCCGCGUGCGCCUUGUGGACGGCGCGUGCCCCCUGUCCCCUCUACUAUUGCGGCCUUGCGCCGCUCCCUGCCCCCGACGCGACCCUUGGGCCUCUUGCACUCUCUCCACGCCGCGUCGCACGGACGCUCUCAGCGGCGGGGACAGACGGCGAGGGGGUCGUGAGGGGAAAUGGCGGGGUGCGGGGAGGCAGUGCGGCGAUGCUCGCUUCGGGAGCAUGGGGGGAAUCGCAGAAGGGGCAACGGGGUUUCGGCGGAGGCGCACUCCCGCGCGCGACCACGGCGGAGGGCGCCGUGCUGCGCGGGGAGGAGGCGGGCGGGGCCAGCGGGAUGGGGACCGUGAGGGGCAAUGGCGCGCCUGGCGCAACCGGGGCGAGGGGAGGGGCGGAUGAACCAGCAAGGCAGGGGGUCGUGGCGCAGGCGAGGUGGGGCGGCGCGGAGGCGGCGGCGGUGGGGGGGCGCGCGGUGGUGCUGUGGGAUUUGGACAACGUGCAGCCAGAGCGCAUGGAGCCCUUCGACGCCGCCACGCGCCUCACCGACCUCGCCGCCAGCUUCGGGUCGCCCGUGGACGUGCUGGCCUACGCCAACCGUCACGCCUUCGACCAUGUCCCCGCCUGGGUGCGCGACCAGCGCCGCGAGCGCCGCGACGCGGAGCGCAUGGCGGCGCGCGGAGAGUCGGAGGAGCGGGAGGUGCGGUGCGAGCUGUGCGGGCGGCGGUGCAGCGGGGCGGCGGCACUGAGGAAGCACUUUGUGUCGCUGCACCAGAGGGAGCAUGAGAAGCGCAUGCAGCACCUCAACCACGCCUCCCCCAAGUGCGCGCUCGCCCACUCCCUCCCCUCCACCCCCCUUGCUCACACCUGCGCACACCUCUUGCCCCACCGUGCCACAGCCCUCUCUUGCCCUUUUCCCCUCGCCCCAUCACACCCCUGCCAUUACCUCAUGUCUGUGCUGCUGCCCGCCCCCCCCCGGUGCCCUAGCAGGCGGAAGCGGCGGCUGAGGGAGGUGUAUCGGGGCAAGCAGCAGCGGUACCAGCAGGCGGUGAGGGGCGUGCUGCUGCCCUGCCGCGGCUACGGGCUCAUGCCCGAGCUGCGCCGCGCGGGGGUGGUCGUGCGCCUCGUCAGCCAGCAGUCGCAGGUGGGUGGUGGGAGAGGGGGAGGUGAGAGGAGGGGAAUGGAGGAGGCGGCGGACGAGGCGUUGAAGAGGGAUUUGGCAGCGGCGGUGCGCAGCGGGCAGGUGGGCGCCGUGCUUCUCGUCUCCGACGACCGCGGCUACUCCCGCGCCCUCGGUGCCGCCGCUGCUGCUGGCCUCACCACCGUCGCUGUGGGCAUCAACGGGUCGCUGCAGCCGGCGGUGCACCGGUGGUUCUGGUGGGGCGAUGUGCUCUCCGGCCGGGCCGUGGCGCUCGCCCGCGGGGAGGCAGAGGGGAUGGCGGGCUGGGGGGUAGGGGACGGGUGGGACGAGGCAGAGGAAGGGAGAAUGGUGGGGGGCCAGGCAUGGGGCGAUGAGGAGAGGGGAGCGGCCGUAAGGGAGAGGGGAGAACGAGGGAGUGGGGUUGGCAGUGGGGCUAGGGGAGUGCUGCUUGAAGUGGAGGAGGUGGGGCGACGGGGGGUGGUGAUGGAGGGGCAGGAGGACAGGUGGACGCAUGGUGAUGUGCAUACGGGGCAGGGCGAGGGGAGGUACGAGGUGAGAGGGGUGGCAGGUGGUGUGGAGGAUGAGGGAGGGAAGUGCGACGAUAGAGAGGAGUGGGACGAUGGGGAGGAGUGGAUGGAGGAGGAGUGGGAUGAGGAUGAGUGGGAGAGCGAAGAGGAGGAGGAUGACAGAGAUGAUAGUGAUGAGGUGAGUCGGUGUUGGGAAGAAGGUGAGGUAGUGUGA